GUCUAUAAGUAGCAAAAAAUUCAGUUUUUAACCAUCAUCAAUCAUCCAAGUAAUCUUCUCAGUUUUCUUGAGUAUGGAAGACUAUGUAGUAUUAAGUUCUGUUUCACUGUUCCUGCUGCUAUGUGGUGGUGUUAAAGCUUUCUACUCCAUUUGGUGGAAACCCAAAUUGCUAGAGAGGCGAUUGAAGCAACAAGGAAUUAGAGGCACUCCUUACACGCCCCUCAUUGGGGACAUGAAAGAGUUUGUGAGGCAGAUAAAGGAAGCAUGGUCCAAGCCAAUGAGUCUAAAUCACCAGAUUGUUCCACGUGUCGACCCGUUUACCCUAGAUACUGUGCAGAAAUAUGGGAAGAUAUCGAUGUGUUGGGUUGGGACUACACCAAGACUGAUCAUCAUGGACACUGAGAUAGUGAAAGAAGUUCUGUCUAACAAGCUAGGUCACUUCCAUAAGCCACCCCUAAACCCUCAAAUUCUGAUUCUAACAAAGGGUCUGUCAACUCUACAUGGUGAGAAAUGGGCUAAACACAGAAGGAUAAUCAAUCCUGCUUUCCACCUAGAAAAGCUGAAGGAUAUGAUACCUGUAUUUGCAGUCAGCUGCGGUGAAAUGAUAGAACAGUGGAAGAGGGAGAAUCCUUUUCUUCAAGGAAGUUGUGAAAUGGAUAUCUGGCCUGAACUUCAGAAACUAACUGCAGAUGUUAUUUCUAGAGCAGCAUUUGGAAGCACCUAUGAAGAAGGGAGGAAGGUCUUCGAGCUUCAAAGAGAGCUCUUAACGCUAACCGUUGAAGCAAUGCAAACCUUAUAUAUCCCGGGUUUCAGAUUUAUUCCAACAAAGAAGAAUCAGAGGAGAAAGAAAUUGCACAAUGAGAUCACAUUGAUGCUACGAAAUAUUAUCCAGAACAAAAUGAAUGCCAUAAGAGCCGGAGAAUCAAGUGUUGAUGACUUGCUAGGCCUGCUGUUGCAGUCUAAUAGACAGACACAUUUAUCAGAAAAUAUAAGUAGCAGAACAACAAGCAAGGAGAUGAUGACAAUUGAAGAUGUGGUUGAGGAAUGCAAGAUGUUCUACCUUGCUGGCCAAGAAACAACCUCAAGCUUGUUAACAUGGACCAUGAUUGUCUUGGCUAUGCACCCAGACUGGCAAGAAAAGGCAAGAGAAGAAGUCCUAAGAGUCUGUGGAAAAAAGGAACCCAAUUUUGAAGCUCUAAGCCACCUCAAGAUCGUAACCAUGAUACUUAAUGAAGUCCUAAGGUUGUAUCCACCUGCAAUUGCUUCAUAUCAACAUGCUUACAAGGAAACCAUAGUAGGAGACAUUGUCGUUCCAGCAGGAGUUGAUCUAAAUCUGCCUACACUGCUCAUUCACCAUGAUCCUGAACUUUGGGGAGAUGAUGCAGGAGAAUUCAAACCAGAGAGAUUUUCCGAAGGAGUUUCAAAGGCAUCAAAGAACCAGCAGCAAGCGUUCUUUCCAUUUGGGUGGGGUCCGAGGAUCUGUAUCGGGCAAAAUAUGGCCAUGAUAGAAGCCAAAGUUGCUUUGGCUAUGAUUCUACAACAAUUCUCCUUCGAGCUAUCACCUUCCUACACUCAUGCCCCUUAUACUCUAACCAUUCUCCAACCACAACAUGGAGCUCAAGUCACACUACACCAACUCUAGAUUGCAUUGGCCUGCAAGGCUGCAAUGUCUAAAAUUCAAUCAAGAAAUAAUGUGAUUUUGAAUCACAAUCUAUGUUCGCUGCAUUUCUGUAGUGCAUUUAUAAUGAACAAGUCCAGUCUUUAGACACUGGGCUGGUUCGUUAAGUUCAGUGUAUUUCUUCUUUAAUUGGCCACUGUGUGUAGAAUCAAUUAAGCACCUUGAGUUA